GCUGGAAGAAAAGCAAAUUGUUUCGGAAUAUUACCUAUCACUUGCGAAACAAUUUAUAAAGUACAAUAAAAGAUGACCACUUUCACUGGUGUUGCAAACCGUUUGUGAUUUUAUACAAAAGUAGCACCUAAUUUAGUGUGAUCAGCCGAAAGUUCUCAAAAGGUAUUAACCCAUUGCAAUGUCAGCUUUCUGUGGACUGACAUUUUCCGAUGUUGCCCUUCACAAAGAUGGCGGGGCCCAUUUAAUACGGGAUGAUGGGCGGAUAGACCAACCAAUCGGCACGCGGAAUAGGCCACCAUCCACCAAUCAGACCGCGGUACGGGUGUGUGGGGGUGGGGUUAAGUCGCGGAGACUGAGUUACGCUGAAAGUUGCAAAUGUUUGUUACAAUCCUGUUCGUGGCGAGCGAGUGACUGAACCGGGCUGGGACGAUCGCGAAGAUUUUCAAUGAAGAUGAAGACCAAGCAGGUUGGAAUCCGUCGAUCAGCUCGUAUUAGGAACAGGGAGCUCUGUUCCAUAGCUUCAAAUACCUCCAAUCAGGAUGUUAAAGAUGACAGCUCAGUGCAGAAAACAACCAAGCCAUUUGAAACACUGCCCAUGGUGGGUAAAGUGGAUUCCAGCGCAAGUGACCAUCCCUCAAAAAAACAGAAAUGCGAAAGAGUAGAAGUGAAAACACAGGAGAAAGCUGGUGCCACUGAGCAAGAUCUGGAAGAUUCUGCAAUCAUCCUUCCACACAAGCCAUCACACAAAUCGACAGAGCAAACUGAGAAGCCACUUAUUCAUGAGGACUGCACACAGGAUACCCCAGUAACACUGGAAAAUGAAGUACCGUCCACAACAACCAUAGAGCGGAGCAACACAGAGAAACAAAGGGAGCAUGCAGCUGUAGCUGAAGAACUGAUUAGUAAUAAUGGCUCUUCAACAGAAAUAAUGACGAAGACAAUGGUGGAUGUGGUUGAUAAGGGCCUGUUGGAAAGCAAGGAAGACAUUGAAAAAACAGUGAAAAGUGAUAAUGAUGCCGAAAGGAGAAAUAUUAUGGAAAUUGAUCAACCGCCAGGCACUUCAUUCAAAGUGGACAGCAGCAUUUUUCUGGACGAGGACAGCAAUCAGCCAAUGCCUGUUGGCAAGUUCUUCGGAAAUGUAGAGAUAAUGCAAGAUCUUCCGCAGUCAGUACCACUUUUGGAUUCUGCCACCAGACGAGAGUACAGGAGGAGGCAUUUCAUUGCCAAAGAUGAAGAAGAUGAAGAACUAGAGGACAAGGCAGUUAAUGAGACAGCAGGAGAGCCAAGAUCCAUGCCUCCUUCAGAGACUGAGGUAUGA